UUGACCCCGGCUGGCUGUUUGAACAUCACACUGUUUGUCAGACUUCACCGUAGAGACGAAGACGACCACCGCAGCGACUGUUCAAGGAGCAAAGAGUCAUCAUGACAACCGAGUACCACGACGAGGUGGGGGACGACAGCAGCUCCUUCUGGAACAAAGAGCCUCGGCCCGUCUAUCUGUCAGGAACCUCCGGGGUCAGGCGAUGGCUGUUCCCCGCUCUGACGGCCACAGUCUUCCUGAUUGUCAUCAUAGCGCUGGGAGUCAGCAACACGAGGACAUCAAACCGUCUGUGGUCGGUGGAGAACAGCGUCUCUAACCUCACUGAAUCGCUGACGGCAGCACAUCAGCUCAGUAAAGACGCAGCUAAAGACGUUCACAGAAUGAAGUUUGCCGUAGAAAGCAACAGGGACCAGCUGACCUCAGUGUCGGACGCGUUGCGGCAGCUGUCCACGCUGGACUCCCUCAGAGACACGGUCGCUUCACUCAAGUGUUCCCUUGAACGCCUCAUCAACAACAGAACCACCAGCGCCGGGUGCUGCCCUCUCAACUGGGACACUUUCCAAACCAGCUGUUUUUAUUUCAGUCCCAACAGUUUGGCCUGGCACAACGCCAGAGACUGGUGCAACGCUCACGAGUCCCACCUGGCGAUUCUGCUGUCAGACGAGGAGUGGGACUUUGUGACCAGGAAGACCAGGGGCACCUUCUACUGGAUCGGUCUGACGGAUGAGAGGAGCGGGCGCUGGGAGUGGGUCAACCAGACGCCGUACGUCAUGAACAGAAGGCGCUGGAUGCCCGGUCAGCCUGACGCUUGGACUCACCACGGCCUCGGCCCCGGGGACGAAGACUGCGCCCACCUGCACCACGACGGACGCCUCAACGACCUGCACUGCACCCCAGGUUGCGCUUCGUCUGCCAGAGACACACCAUGAGGACCUAAAGGAGCACACGGCCCUCAGACUCAGCACAGGCUGCUUCGAUAAACUACCAACCUCUGCUGUUCACACUGAAAUAAAGCUCUGAUAAUCUGA